GGCAUCUGCAAUUUUAGAAUAAUCUGUUAUCAACAUUUUAUACAUUGCAAUCCAAUUGUGCAAUUCAUAUUUUUGGCAAAUUUCACAAUUUCAUUUUGGUUUUAUUUAAGUUUUUGUUAUUUAAUUUUAUGUUAUAUAUAUUUUAAUUAUUGAUGCAGGGGCUUUAACGAUAAAUUUUAGUAUUUUUUCUUUGAAUAUUUUUUUAAAUGUUGAAUAUAUCGGACCAAACAAUGAUGGAUCACUCAAGGCAACAGAAAAAUGACCUGGAGCAGGCCAAGCAGAUUGUGGAGCAACAUCUUGCUCUGGAUACAUGUGUGAUAACUCUUAAUGAGAAAUGUGCAAGAUCUGCAGUUGGCGUUGUAACUUUAAGCGGAGGUACUGAACAAGAUUAUCCAAAUGUUCUAGAGAUGUCUCGAGGCCUAAUGAAUAUAAAUCAAGUGCAAACAGUGCAUAAAACACCACUGCCACCUGAAAUAUUAGAGCAUAUAAAACACAUGAAAGCCAACUGCAUGAUGGGCAUUUUCCAAGAAAUAGGCCGAGCUUGGCUUACUGUUGACAGUGAUAUUUAUAUUUGGACUUUUGAGAGGUCUGGCGAUGUGCGAUAUUUUAGUGCUAGUUGUGAAAACAUAUUAGCUGUUGGACUAGUCAAACCUUGCGCCAAUGUUUUCACAUCUUGUAUUCAGUAUUUAUUAAUUUUAAGUACUAUAUCUGAGACAAUUUUUAUUGGCGUUGCUUCAGAGAAUGAUAAUAAUAAAAAUAAAACUGAUCUGACUCUUAUAUCAGAACCCAUAUUUACUAUAAGCAAUGAUGGUGUUAUAACUAAUGUGAUAAAAACAACAGAUACAGGUAGAGUUUUCUUAGGCGGCAAGGAUGGUAGUCUUUAUGAAAUAAUAUAUAAGUCAGAGAACAGUUGGUUUGGCAGAAGAUUUAAAAGAGUUAACCAUCAUUCAUCAAAACUAUCUUUUUUCAUUCCUGCUAUUCUGACUUCUAUGGUAGAAGUUGAUCCUAUAGUAUCUAUAUCAAUUGAUGAGCGACGUAAUAUACUAUAUUGCCUUACCCAAAAUAGUAGCAUUGAAGUUUUUGAUCUUGGUGAAAGUGGGGAUGAAAUGAAAUCAGUUGCACGCAUGUCUCAUGCACAGAUAUCACGAUGUGCCAGGAGCGUUCUACCUGUUAUAAAUGAGUCUUUAUAUCAGCAUAUAAUUGAAGUCAUACCAGUAAGCCAAGAAGAAUGCAAUGUAUACCACAUGGUAGCAAUGACUGGUAGUGGUGUACGUUUGUAUUUUACAACAGGCUAUGAACGUAGUCGUCCUUUCAAAUUGCAAAUGAUGCAUAUAAGGCUACCACCAGGAUAUAGUCCAAGAAGUUCACACAGUAGACCAUCACAAGCACAUACUGCAUUAUACAAAAAAGGAAAUUAUUUGAUGCUCACAUCAGAUACACCUGAUCGUGACUCAUUAUGGUGUUUGAGUAUAGACAAUUUUCCUUUUCAUAACCAGUUGGUAGAAUCUGUUACUCGAUUGCCACUGGAUGGUCCAACUUGGACAGCCGCAGAAUUAAAGCAUACUGAGGAUAAUAUGACUGUAUUGAGAGAUCCUAUGAUAGCUUCAGCACCAUUAGUAGUAUCGCAGCAUUUGCAAACCCCCAGGAGAUGGGUAAUACUUUCCCCUCAAGGCUGUCACAUUGUAUCUUUGCUAAGACCUGUUGAUGUAUUAAAACAACUGUUAAUUAAUAGCCAAGGAGCUGCCAAUGAAGCUGUUAAAUAUUACUUUGAGUCCCAGCCUGAUGCACAAGCCUGUGCUACGUCUCUUGUUUUGGCAUGCUUAGAAAGUCAAUCAUCACCACAAAUAAUGGAAUGGGCUACACAAGCAUUUUUCUUGUAUGGUGGGUACCCCCAAAAAAUAAAUUGCCCUUCGCAGGAUAUGCAGAAUGCCAGUAUGAUAAACAAGACUCGAUACGAUAAUACAUUUGCUCCAUAUGUGGCAUCAACACCGAUGCAUGGAUUUCAAUUAAUGAAUAGCCCUGGGCGAUAUCAGGCCCAACCUCCUCAGUCACCAACUUUAAUGACUCCCAGAAAUAACUUGAAUUACAUGUCUCCCGAUACAAGAAAACCGGGAUCAACAUCUAUGAUACAAUUUUCGACUAAACAUAUAGGACUCAAUUUAUAUUUUAGUAGAAUAUUGAGACCUUUAUGGAACAGAAAUUGUGUACAAAAAGUUGUCACUGAAAGUGGCAAACAUAAUUUGCUAAGUGUUUUAACAAAGGAGGAUUGUGAAGUUAUUCUGUAUCAUUUAUAUACCCUCGGACAAUUUUUAAAUAAACACAUGUCUAUAACGGGGCUCAAGAAAACUUGUGGACUUCCUGUUGGUGCAGAUAGUAAUGCUACUUUUGGUGUUGAAAAUUUAGAUCCUUACAUGCAAGAAAAAACUCAGUUAGAAACAAUGUUGAAAUUUUUAGCUCAUGUUUGCGAGGUUUUGAAUCUUUGGAAAAUUUUGAUUGAACAUCGUUUUCACUUGAUUGCAGCAGAGAUUCCUGAAGAUAUGCAAGAGCGUCUUGCAGAGUUCACUUUUAAGGAUUUGUUUGUGCUUGGUUAUGGAGUUUGUGUCGCAAUGAUCAUUUCUCUAAUCAAUUCUUACUUGAGCAAUAAUGCGGACGUGGAAAACAUCAGCACAAGACUGCGGAAGCUUUGUCCUACUUUAUACAGAAGCGAAGAUGCUGCUUGUUCAAAAGCAAAUGAAAUACUUUUAAAAAUAAUAGCUGAUAACAAGAAACCUAAGAGGGAGAUCCAUCCUGAUGAUCGCGAUGAUAUGAUUCAAUUGGCUUUAGAUUUAUGUAAAAGGGUUGUCCCGGAUCUUUGUCUACAUGCAGUUUGCCCUCAGUUUGCAGCUGCUGAAGGUUACUAUGCAUUAGUUCAUCUUUGCAGUGCAUCUGCAAAGGCUCUAGACCCGAAUGGUAUUGCAUUGGCUCAUUACAAAAAUAGAGAACCUCAAGAAGAUAUUCAAGGCUCUCAAAUGCUAUCUGAAAGAAUGAAGAUGUACCGUGAAAUCAUAUUGGCCUUAGAACACUUGGUACAAUUUGUGGAUAAACCAAAUAAUGCAUCAACAGAAUUUUUACCAAAUGCAAGCAAACAUAUUGAACACAUUAUUAAAUUAGUGCUGCAAAAUGAAGAUGAACUUUUACACAUUUCUGUAUAUGAAUGGAUGCUUAAUCAUGACAUGCUCGGAGAGAUCAUACCACAUGCAUCACCAUCAUUAGCUAGUUACUUAGAAUCUGUUUUGACCAGAAAACCAGAAUACAUUCAAGUUUGUGAGCUUUUAUAUAAGUAUUAUGAAAUCCAUGGGGAACACAUUACUGCUGCAAAACUUCUUUACAAUUUGGCUGUUUCACAAAAUGUGAAUAUGACUCUGUCAGAAAGGGUUCGAUACAUGGGUCGCGCAGUAAUGUCUUUGAGAAAUAAUAAAACUGGAUUCACUACACAAAAUGGACUGUUCAUGAGAGAUAUAGAGGAUAAGAUUGAAAUAGCAGCUAUUCAACAAAAAGUUAUUGAUAAUAUACAGCUGAUGAAGUCUCAAAUACAAGAUGUUGAUAAUAUUUUAUCUAUUUUGAAUAAACGACUAUUUGAUGUUACACAGCUAUAUCAAGAUUUUGCAGAUCCACUGAAUUUAUAUGAGGCAAAAUUGGCCUUAUUGAAAUGUUCUGAUCACAACGAUCCUAGAUUAAUUGAAAGUGUUUGGUCAAAUAUUCUAGACCAACAAUUGCAUCAAGCAGAAGAAGCACCACUUCAAUACAGGAUGGAAAAAGUUUUAUUAAAUAUCAAACCUCUCGUAACCCAGUAUAGAAGCACCCCAUAUUGCCUGCCUUUAGUUUUUAUUACCCGUAAGCUGGAAAUUUUAUCAUGUCGAACUGGAGGUGAUUGUUCACAAGUAUCUAGAACUUUACUGCAAAGUGGAAUUACGUUGGAGAACAUAUAUGAAACAUACAACCACAUUUUGCAUUCAAAUGAUCGAUGCUGGUCUCAUGAGGGUAACGAAUUAUAUUUUCUUCAAGCUUGUGCACAAGUAGUUGAACGAUUCAUUGAACAAAAAUCGAGUUUAUCAUAUAAAACUAGGAUAAAGUUAACAACUGUUUUGCAAGAUUUUGUAUCAUCCUGCAUCAAUACGGCAAUGAGUAUUUCAGCAACUGAAUCUCAAAGUAUUGUUCAGCAAUUCCGUUCAUUGCAGACACAACUUAGUCGUUAAAUAAAUUAUACUAAC